UAAAUUAUUUUGUACUGUAUUUACUUUCAUUAGAAAUACGGUAAUUUUGUAUAACGGCGAAUAAUUUUUGAAUUAGUAUCGUGUUCUUUCUCUCUCGUUUUGUAAUCCGGAACCAUAUGAACCCACCCGGAACAAGUAUUCCGGAUCGGAAUCCUUCAGCUGUCAGUCAACUGUCAAUAGACACGCCCACCACUACUGUUGUUUUCGACUUUUCUUUUCCGUAAAAUUCCCACUCUGAAAUGCUAUCCAAUGAAGUGCAAUCAAAAGCAUAAAUUUAUGCGAAUUUCUUUCAUCUUUUUAAUAGUUUUGCUAUUUGCAUGCGGCUCUCUGGCAGACGACAAUAACGAGGAAGAAACCGUGGUUGAAGAUUUUUUUAUUUGCCGCACCUGUGGUAAUGAUGUCAGCGUAGCAAAUUUAGCGUUCGACAAAUAUAGUCCCUUGGCACUAAGUGCUACGAACCACACAUUUGCAGAAACCCGGUCGGUUCUAAUACAGGAAGUACAAAAUCCGCUCGGAAUUCGGUUUCACAUAUUUCUAGUAAAACAAGCAUCCUGUGCAAAGAUCCAUCCGUGGACAUAUAAGUCGUCUUGGUUCCCUGGAUACGCUUGGAAGGUUUGUGUAUGUCCCAAGUGUCACACACUGCUCGGGUGGAUGUUCGAACCUAUCGAAAGCGCGACUGCUGAGCAAAGUUUCCCUUCCGAAGCAGGUUUCUACGCCCUCAUCUUUCAAAGCAUCAUUACUGAAGGAUACGUGAAUUCAUUGCUUAUGAAAGAGAAAGCUCUUCGUGAUAAUUAAAACACAAACACACACACACACACUAAAGCAAGGAUAAAUCAUGGUUGAUCCAAAAAGGCACAUCAACGUCCUUUCCCCGGAAGAACAAGCGUUCCUCGAGGAAUGCGAAAGCGAGUUUGCACAUCGAU